AUGACUAGAGGACCACGAGGCAUCAACGCCGCAAGACAGCUGCGGGUUAACCAAAGAGAACAGCGAUGGGCCGAUCUAAACUAUCGAAAGGCAGCGCUGGGCACAGUUUAUCGAUCAUCCCCAUUCGGCGGCUCUUCACACGCCAAGGGCAUUGUCCUUGAAAAAAUUGGUGUAGAGGCAAAACAGCCCAACUCUGCAAUCCGCAAGUGCGUCCGAGUUCAGUUGAUCAAAAAUGGAAAGAAAGUUACCGCUUUCGUCCCUAAUGACGGUUGCCUGAAUUUUAUAGACGAGAAUGACGAGGUGUUGCUGGCUGGUUUUGGCCGCAAGGGCCGAGCUAAGGGCGAUAUCCCAGGCGUUCGAUUUAAGGUUGUUAAGGUCUCUGGGGUCAGCUUGCUUGCCCUCUGGAAGGAGAAAAAGGAGAAGCCUCGUAAUUAG